GUUUUGUUUUAAGGCGGUUCAGAUCGAGUACUGGUGGCUGUGGACUGUUUUCAAAAUGAGGAAAACGGCCAGUCAGCCCACGCCUGCGUCCGUGUAUUGUCUCUUGUCAAAGCUGCAAGAAGAGCGCUUCCUUUGAACUAUAAAGCUGGACAACACCAUGUCUCCAAAGAUCACAGGAGAGCUGCUCAGGCAGCUUCGGCAGGCAAUGAAGAAUUGUAAAUACUUCUCUGAGCCUAUACAGGCUUAUAUAAUCCCAUCUGGAGAUGCACAUCAGAGUGAAUACAUCGCACCGUGUGACUGCAGACGGGAAUUCAUCUGUGGAUUCAACGGCUCUGCAGGUACAGCCAUUGUCACAGAGCAACAUGCUGCAAUGUGGACUGAUGGCCGAUAUUUUCUGCAGGCCACCCAGCAGAUGGACAACAACUGGACCCUCAUGAAGAUGGGACUGAAGGAGACACCCUCACAGGAAGACUGGCUGAUCAGUGUCCUUCCAGAGAAUUCAAAAGUGGGAGUAGAUCCUUGGAUCAUUGCUGCUGACCAAUGGAAGAACAUGUCCAAGGCUCUGUCCAGUGCUGGCCACUCAUUGGUAGCGGUGCAGGAUAACCUUAUUGAUGCCGUCUGGACCGACCGACCAGAAAGACCCAGCACACAACUCCGCAACCUUGGGUUAGAGUACACUGGUGUUUCCUGGCAAGACAAGAUCACAGCGCUGCGAGCCAAGAUGUCAGAGAGGAAGAUCACCUGGUUUGUUGCAACAGCACUGGAUGAAAUUGCAUGGCUUUUCAACCUUCGUGGUGCAGACAUCGAGUACAACCCAGUUUUCUUUGCAUAUACCAUUGUGGGAGUGAAUACAAUAAGGUUUUUUGUCGACCUCAAGCGUCUUUCUGACCCUGCAGUGAGAGAGCAUCUGCAGCUGGACUCCCCCAGCAAGCCCGAGCUGAGCAUCCAGACGUUUCCAUAUGAGUCAAUCUACACUGAGCUCCAGGCCAUCUGCGCUGCACUUGGCCCCAAGGACAAAGUGUGGAUUUGUGACAAGGCCAGUUGUGCUCUCACACAGGUCAUCCCUAAGGCUCACAGAACUCCAAUUCCCUACACUCCACUCUGCCUCGCCAAAGCUGUGAAAAAUGCCACUGAGAUUCAAGGCAUGAAAAUGGCCCAUAUCAAGGAUGCCGUUGCCCUUUGUGAACUCUUCACUUGGUUGGAAAAGGAGAUUCCUAAAGGCAACGUGACUGAGAUAUCUGCUGCUGAUAAAGCAGAAGAAUUGCGUAGUCAACAGAAAGAUUUUGCUGGUCUCAGUUUCCCCACAAUCUCCAGCGUUGGUCCACAUGGAGCAAUCAUACAUUACAGACCGCUGCCUGAAACCAACAGAACGCUCACCGUAAAUGAAGUUUAUCUCAUCGACUCUGGAGCUCAAUAUGUCGAUGGAACCACAGAUGUCACACGCACCAUGCACUUUGGGACACCAUCUGCUUUUGAGAAGGAAUGCUUUACCUACGUACUGAAGGGACACAUAGCUGUCAGCGCUGCCGUUUUCCCCAAUGGAACAAAAGGCCACCUCUUAGAUUCAUUUGCUCGUGCAGCCCUGUGGGAGUCUGGGCUGGACUACCUCCAUGGUACGGGUCACGGGGUGGGCUGCUUCCUAAACGUCCACGAGGGGCCUUGCGGCAUCAGCUACAAAACCUUUGCCGAUGAACCUCUGGAGGCUGGCAUGAUUGUCAGUGAUGAACCUGGAUACUAUGAAGAUGGAUCUUUUGGCAUUCGUCUUGAAAAUGUGGUCCUUGUUGUACCAGCUAAGCCCAAAUACAACUACAGAAAUAGGGGUAGUCUGACCUUUGAGCCUCUCACUCUGGUUCCUAUCCAAGUGAAAAUGAUGAAUAAAGAGCUUCUUACUCAGAAGGAGCGAGACUGGGUGAAUGAGUAUCACAGGAAGUGCCGGGAGGUGGUUGGAGCAGAGUUGGAGAGGCAAGGCAGGAAGGAGGCAUUAGAGUGGCUGAUCAGAGAGACCCAGCCAAUCAUCUGAGGACCAACUCUUGUGCAAACCAAU